UAUUUAUACGGCAGGUGCAGACUUUAACAACGUAGCUUAAUGUGAACUGAACUAUAAAUGUUCAUCAAACCACAAACUCCAAAAUUAUAGGAGUUGAAGUCUGUAUGAAAUCAAAAUUAACCGUUUUUAAUGUGCAUUGUGCGUGAAGAAAAAAGCUGUAGAAAAAUUCUGAGAAAAUUUAAGCACCAAGUUAACGAAAUGUUGAAAUGGAAUUACCUGUGUCGGUAAUUGUGUGGUAAAGGUUGAAAAUUGAGCAGUUAUUUUGAAUGCUUUAACGUUUAUGUUCAUAUGCAGAUAGUGGGACUUCAAGGGGCACCUGGAGGCUGAGCAUUUGGAUAGACUCAGAGAUUUUGAGACGGAGGAAAGCCAGCAGAAACAGUCGGCGCCGCGACCUUCACUUUCAUCUGGCCGUAGGAGCAGUCGAUCUACUUCCAGCGGCGUUAAGCUCUGCGAUCCAGUACUGCAAAUGCAAAACAACACAUUUGUAAACAAGGUGGCGUUGGGAACUCCAGAACUGCAAACACAUUUGCCGAUGUUGGACCCUGGAAGUAGUUCUGACUUGGUUGACUUUCCGUCAGACCCGUUAGAGAACAUAUCAUUGCAUGGAUUUUUGUCAACGAAUGAAGAUCCAGAGCCAGACAUAGAUAUUGAAAUCUCAGAAUUUAAUGUAAAAGAGGAACUGGAAGAGUCCGAGUCUGCUGCAGGGCUGGAAGCUGAACUUGAUUGGUUUGAGAGUAACGACAGCUUCACAAAACUGGAGGACGCAACUGAGGACGAUGAUGAACUGGUAAAAGAUGACGAAAAACAGCGCGGAAAACGUGGCAAACGCGGCAAACGGGGUACUAAGGCGCUUACCAGCAAAGGCUCCGCACUUCCAGUGCCCCAACUAAGUCACGCUCAGAACCGAGCCCUCAUCGAGAUCUACCGUCGGUGCAAUCGAACCUGGGACAUGCAGGACUUGACCUAUCGCCUGCGCCACAUUCGUCAGCAAGCUAACGACAACUUGCUGCAGCUGUGCAGGGAUGAACUAAAGCUGCAGAUUAACCCGAAGCAGUUACAACGUUACAUUUGCCGCAUCCGCUACGCCUAUACGCAGGAGAAAACGCGACAGCUGCAAUGCGAGCGCGAUGGGCGCCCGUAUGUGCCCAUCUGUCCGUACUAUAAGCAGAUCCAGUUCCUAGAGCAGCACGUCGGACCAUUUAAGUGCGAGGUAUGCGAGGCAGUGAUAAACGGAGUCGAUGGCUUCAAGGUCCACAGAUCCCAGCAUGACGGGAGCAUGCCCUUUUUGUGUCCUAUCUGCCAACGGGGUUUCUCACGCAGUGACAACUGCACAAUACAUUUGCGUCGGCACACCCAAGAUUUUCAUGUGUCCUGCGAUCAGUGCGGUAAGCGCUUCGCCAAUACGUCUGACAUGCAGGUUCAUCGGCGUAAUCAUACCGGAGAGAAGCCAUAUUGCUGUGACGUGUGCGGACAGCGGUUUCGCACGUCAUCCUUCUUCGACAGGCACAAAAGACGGCAUGAGCUGCGGCCCAAAGGCAAAUGCCACAUUUGUGGCAAACACUUCUUUGAGCAAUCUGUGCUCAACGACCACAUUAAAGCUCAUCUAAACGUUCGAGACAAAGUGUGUGACGUUUGCCAGAAAGCAUUCACAAGCGCCAAGUACCUGCGCCAGCAUAAAGAGAUUCAUGCCGCCAAGAAGCGUUACAUGUGCAAAAUUUGUGGUAAAUGUUUUGCACAGUAUGCCGGACUCAAUGGGCACAUGAAGUCGCAUGGGACGACUAUGCGCGAGGCUGCUCAAAUGAGCAUUGUCUUCACGAAAGAUCCUGAACCAGAUUUGCCUAGCGAGCAGUGUUGCUAGUUGGUGUCCCUAUCCCUAAAGUCCCAUUAAAAAGCUUUCUUUGUGAUUUA